CGAAAUGGGUGGGUCGGAGAAGGAGUUGAAAGAUUUUGUGAGGGAGAUUUCGGAGCUUCCUGAGUGCAAUGGCGUGUGUAAGAAGAUGUAUGGGGAGCUGAUUCGAAGAGUUAAGUUGUUGAGUCCUAUGUUUGAGGAAUUGAGAGAUGGAGAAGAAGAACUUGGAUUAGAUGUUCUUAAGAGCUUGGAGUUGCUUACAACUGCUUUGGAUUCUGCUAUGGAGCUUCUUAGGUCGGUCAACCGAGGUAGCAAGCUCUAUCAGGCUUUGCAAUUGGAGAAAAUGGUACUUGAGUUUCAACAUAAGACACAAGAUAUUGCAGCAGCACUCAGCAAGCUUCCCAUCGACGAGCUCGGGAUCUCAGACGAGGUUUGGGAACAGACUGAACUUGUUCAAUCCCAAUUCAAACGAGCGAAGGAGAGAUUACAUUUAGCUGAUGCACAGUUAGACAAGGAUUUAGCCAUAUUACACGAAGAAGAAGACCCUAACCUUGAAAUAUUGAAAAGACUUUCUGAAAAGCUGCAUCUUCGAACUAUAAACAAUCUGAAGAAAGAGUCUCUAGCGAUCCAUGAGCUGGUGAUCUCGAGCGAUGGAGACCCGGGGGGUGUUUUCGGAAAAAUGUCAUCCAUUUUAAAGAAGCUGAAGGAUUUUGUACAAACAGAAAACCCAGAAGUUGAAACUUCCCAAGAUAAAACAAGUAUCAUCAUUGAACACAAAUCUCCUGUCAUCCCGGACGAUUUCAGAUGCCCCAUAUCUCUUGAAAUGAUGAGGGAUCCUGUCGUUGUCUCGACCGGGCAGACUUAUGAGAGAUCAUGCAUUCAGAAAUGGUUGGAUUCAGGGCACAUAACCUGUCCAAGAUCUCAGCAGGUUUUAGUCCGUACAGCCUUAACCCCAAAUUACGUUUUGAAGAGCCUGAUUGCUUUGUGGUGUGAUAACAAUGGCGUUGAACUGCCAAGCAAGCAAGGUAGCUGUGUAAAUAAGAAACCUGGAAACAGUAUUUCAGACUGCGAUCGGGCGGCCAUCGAUGCCUUACUGGUAAAACUGGUAAAUGGAUCUCCAGAACAGAAAAGAUCAGCUGCAGGUGCGCUCCGGUUACUAGCAAAGAGGAAUUCAGAUAACCGAAUCUGUAUUGCCGAGGCAGGAGCCAUUCCAUUCCUUGUCGAACUAUUAUCCUCAAAUGAUACUAGGACCAAGGAGCAUGCAGUUACAGCAAUGUUGAAUCUUUCAAUCAAUGAUGGUAAUAAAAGAAGGAUAGUCGAUUUACGAGCCUUACCUGCCAUAGUAGAAGUGUUGAAGAAUGGCAGUAUGGAGGCAAGGGAAAAUGCAGCUGCAACCCUUUUCAGCUUAUCCGUUAUCGACGAGAACAAGGUUGCGAUCGGAGCAGCCCGGGCAAUUCCUUCUCUUAUCAGUUUGCUUUGUGAAGGUACUACCAGAGGAAAGAAGGAUGCAGCCGCUGCUAUUUUCAAUCUUUCAAUCUAUCAGGGAAACAAAGCUAGAGCAGUAAGAGCAGGCAUUGUUAAUCCACUUAUGGGGUUUCUGAAAGAUUCUGGAGGUGGCAUGGUGGAUGAAGCUCUAGCCAUUUUGGCCAUUCUUGCAACUCACCAUGAAGGGAAGAUGGCAAUAAGGCAAACUGAGCCGACAGCAAUUCUUUUAGAGUUCAUCAGAACUGGUUCUCCACGAAACCAGGAGAAUGCUGCUGCUGUGUUGUGGUCGCUUUGCAGUACUGAUUUUGAGCAGUUGAAGGUAGCUGGGGAACAUGGUGCAGAAGUGGCAUUAAUGGAAGUAUCUGAGAAUGGCACAGAAAGAGCAAAGAGGAAAGCAGGAAGCAUUCUAGAGCUCUUUCAACGCUUUGAUGGACCAUCUGCUAAUCGAUAAACAAUCUUGCCAUCAGUCCAGAAGCCUAUUUGGUUUUCACAUCAUACAAUCUCUUUUUUCAUAUCAUAAUAUUAUUGUAUUUUUUAUGAACUUUUCCUGUAGAAUUCUGUUUCUCUAGCUUGAAUUUUUGGAGAUAAACAUGAAACUCCGUUGUAAGAUAAAUCAUGACAUAACUGAUUAAAAACACAAAUCAAUCCACAGGAUUAAAAAUGGAUAACCAAAAAUUGAUA